AAUUCAACCCAAAGGCCUCAAACCACAAAGGAAACUGAGCCAGAAGAAAGCUGUGUUCUGUAACAACAUUUCCCUCGUUUAACAAAAGACCAAAAUGGUAUCAAACGUGUCCAACUUCCAGUACACCGGCAGAACUGUGCAGCCAGUGACAACCAUCUCGCCCUCACCCAUUAUCGCAUUCCAUACCUCUGCUCAGUGGAAGGCCCAUUUUAAUGCCUGUAAAGAAACUCCCAAACUGAUGGUGAUUGAUUUCACAGCAACAUGGUGUGGGCCUUGCCGAUUCAUGGAGCCAGCCCUCAAGGAGUUCGCUUCCAAAUAUACGGACGUCGAGUUCAUCAAGGUCGACGUGGAUGAAUUAGCGGAUGUGGCACGACAGUUUCAGAUUCAGGCAAUGCCAACAUUUUUGCUGAUCAAGAAUGGGAAAGUGCUGGAUCAGGUUGUAGGGGCCAAAAAGGACGAGCUCAAGCAGAAAAUUGAGAAGAACAGGGUGUCUGAUGCACUAAAGCAAACAUUCAACUAUGAAUUCAGGCCGAAAGUUGUGACGCCAUACUAUGCAUAAUGGAAUAAUGCAUUGCAUGUCUUUGAAUAAUAUUAAUUCCAGUAGGAUGAUUCAAGCAGGAGGAGGAAGAGGGGAAUAAUGUAAUGAGUGAUCACCACCUAUAUCUAUUUAUGAAAUCAAAUAAAACAAUUCCCUUCCUUUGUUA